GGGUGUCAGCCUCAAACCGGAAGUUAAACGCCAUUGCCAUUUGCUCCAAACGUAAACGGCAAACUGCUCGACUGCUCGGAUAUUUAUUCUGGUUUCGUUGUACUGAUCAUAGUAUUAUUGGUCUCAAGAGGCUGGAGACAUGAAGCACAACUCGAACGUCCCGGCUUUUCUCACCAAGCUGUGGACCCUGGUGGAGGACGCGGACACCAAUGAGUUUAUUUGCUGGAGCCAGGAGGGAAACAGCUUCAUGGUACUGGAUGAACAGCGCUUUGCCAAAGAGAUCCUCCCAAAGUUCUUCAAACACAACAACAUGGCUAGCUUCAUCCGUCAGCUCAACAUGUAUGGUUUCCGAAAAGUCCUGCACAUUGAUACAGGGAUUGUGAAGCAGGAGAGAGAUGGUCCAGUGGAGUUUCACCAUCCAUACUUCAAACACGGCCAGGACGAGCUGCUGGAAAACAUCAAGAGAAAGGUUUCAAAUGCUCGGCCAGAAGAAAGCAAGAUCCGACAAACUGACCUGACAAAUAUUUUGGCCACUGUCCAGAGUGUUCAGUGCAAACAGGAGGACAUCGAUGUGCGCCUGGCCACACUCAAGAGAGAGAAUGAAGCUCUGUGGACAGAGAUCUCAGAUCUACGGCAGAAACAUUCUCAUCAACAGCAGCUUAUAAAAAAGCUCAUACAUUUUCUCCUCACACUGGUACAGAACAAUCGCAUCCUUAAUUUAAAACGUAAACGGCCUUUACUUAUGAACAGCAAUGGCAAGAAGUCAAAAUACAUUCAUGAGUUAUAUGAUGAUAAAGUGAGUGUGGAGCAGUCCUCUGUCAACGGUUUGAAUAAUGUCACGAGCUCAGACAAUGCUGAAGACGUGAUAAUUUGUGACUUCACGGACGUUGUCGAUGUUGAUUUGUUGUCAGAGGCUGCACAGGGGUCAUCCAAAAGUUAUGACCACAGUGAUGUGGAGAUUGUUGAGGUGGACUUGAACAGUGACGGGUUGCCUGCAGAGAUGGAGGUGAGCACCACAUACACAGAGCCCAGCACACAGAGCCAGCCCUCUCCAGUGAAAAGCACUCCCACCAGUGCGGCACUGCAGCUUAACAAACAGUGCACUCUCAGCCAGGAGGACCCAGUCAAGCUAAUGGACUACAUACUGAAAGAAAAUGGAGCCAUCUCGCAGAACAUCAGCCUACUGGGCAAGCUGGAGCUGAUGGAUUAUCUGGACAGUAUUGACUGCAGUCUGGAGGACUUUCAGGCUAUGCUGGGCAAACCAGAAAGUGUUGGAUCCAAACAGAGCACUGGGCAGCUGGACCAAACAAAGACAGAGGCCAACACAGAUAAGCAGCUGAUCCAGUAUACUUCAUGCCCCUUGAUGGCUUUCCUUGAUGGUUCUUCCGCCCCUCCAGACCUGGACCUGGCCUCAGGUACAAGCUCUACUUCCAUGAGUAACCAGCAGGAGGUGAUCAUCACACCAGCUGAGCAGGUAGGCAGGCUGCCAUCUGAGCUGCUGGACUGUGUAGACUCGGUGCAGGCCAAACACAGUUCCCUGAUCCGCCUGGAGCCCCUGACCGAGGCAGAGGCUAGUGAGGAGACCCUGUUCUACCUGUGUGAGCUGAGCCCUGGGCUGGAAACAGACACCAUGCCUGUGGAGGCCAUGUGAGGAGCCCUGCCUCACGGACACUGGCUUGGACUGAGGCCACAUGUUUGUUACAGAAUCUCACUUUUCUUGAAUGCGCAUAAGUAAAAAAUCACAGUAGAUUAUUAGUUUCUGCUUCCAGAUGGCAUUUCAGUGUAACUCUCUCUUGACCAUUUUCUGACUGUCAAAGUUACCAAGUUGAUGUUCACAAAAAAGCAACAAAGUCAUACUUUGUCCAGGGUCCAGUAAUGUAUAUGAUAUUCAUAGUUGGCUGUGCAGAUUUCAAUACUUGCUGUCACAGUAUCUCUUAUGAACUCUCUCUAUAAACCCGUUGCUCCUCAUGGUGUCUGUCCACUCACUGUCAGGGCAUUUGUGAUUUAUGGAAUGAUACGUGGAUCUGCGACCACUGUGCUUGUUUUGUUUAGUUUUUACAGUAAGACUUUUUUGUUUGUUGCAGCUGUUGCAAUAUCCAAUGUUGGCUCUUUCAGACUUAAGUGAUGGUGUGUGCCAUUUCAACAUGAAACUUUUCUACAUCUAGACAUUAUCUGGCCUAAUUCUAUGACUUCAUACAUAUUUGGUAAUUAUAUUUUAUUCCAAGCUGGACAAAAAUGAGCAGUGGAUAUAGUAAUACAACACCUGCCUGACCAAUCCUUCUUGAAGGUCCUUCAUCUGAACGCAAAACAAGUCUAUAAAUUUGUGUCAUUGGCCAUAUUUGUCAUGCCGUCUACAUAGAAAUGAAUGGUCAUUGGUCUCUUCAAGUGUGAGUCUACCCUCGAUGACCAGAACUGUUAUACAAACUCACAUUUUAUUCUCGCAAUUGACUUUGGUUCAAGCACUUUGUAUAGUGUCUGUGUCAAUAGUUAUUUAUGUUGCAUACAUUUCAUUAAAAACCUGGCUUUAAAUAAACAACGGUAUGUUGGUUUUUCAAACAUAGUACAAGUGUUUAUUUUAUAAUGAAACAUUUUAAAUUUAUUUGAUUUUUUUUUUUUUUUUUUAUCAGUAGAAGGCAGAUGGGAAAACUGCCCCCCUCCCCUUACCUGGCUUUUGUUCAGGCUCACCUGUACUGUCUGGUCUUCUGUCAGGCCAAGUGGGCACGUGGUCGGACAGCGAGAAUGUAGAUGGCAUCUAGUGGUGGUUUGUGAGGAUAUAACAGGGCAGUGUGGCCAAUUUAAUUACAACUGGCUGCUUAAAAGUGUUAAAAUACAAAGAACCCUUGUGGACAAUGUGAUCACAAAAUCGAUAAAACUUGCCUUAUUUGCCAGCUACCACUCUGAAUCUCUGCAUAUCAAGUGUUGAGGAUUCUUGUUAAAACGUUGUCCAAUGUCUUCACUUGGUUGUAAUCACUUACAUUGUCAAAUCUGUGGUAAAAUAUCACUAUUAUCAACGUGAUAUAAAAUGUGAUUGCAAAAAUAAAGUUGUAAAUAUGCAUAUCUUAAUUCAUGCAAGUUUUGACUAAGUUU